CAUGUCUGUCCUCGCACCCUUGGUCGACCAGGAUACCAUCAUCGUUCCAUCCUUUACACUUGAGAAUGGGAGGAUAUUGCGGGAGGUCCCGGUCGCCUACAAGACUUGGGGUAAAUUGAGUGACGGUAGAGACAACGUUAUGAUCAUAUGCCACGCAUUCACUGGCAGCGCGGAUGUAGAAGAUUGGUGGGGCCCUCUUAUCGGUCGUGGGAAGGCCUUUGACCCCAAUCGUUUCUUCAUUUUCUGUGCUAAUGUUAUGGGUUCACCAUAUGGAUCGGCUUCUCCUGUGACAAUCGAUCCAGAGACGGGGAAGCCUUAUGGCCCAGAAUUCCCUCAGACAUCGAUACGUGAUGACGUGCGACUGCAUAAGCUCGUUCUUGAUCAUCUUGGAAUUUCUAGUGUCGCUGUAGUCAUUGGAGGCUCCAUGGGCGGAAUGGCUGUACUCGAAUGGCCUAUGUGCACCCCUCCAGGUUAUGUCCGCCAUAUUAUUCCUUUGGCUACGUCUGCACGACACUCUGCGUGGUGUAUCAGUUGGGGAGAGGCACAACGUCAAAGCAUUUAUAGCGAUCCACUUUAUGACGACGGAUACUAUACGAAACAGCCUUCGACGGGUUUGGCUGCUGCUCGGAUGGCCGCACUUUUAACCUAUCGGUCGCGCGACUCUUUUGAGAGUCGCUUUGGACGUCGCCCUCAAGUUACCCCUGUCCCGGAAUCUAGCGCUGUCGCACCUUCUAUUACGCUCGCUGAUAAGGAUCUUGCUGCUCAUAAUGAGGGUCACCAAAAUGUGACCCGUACACGCCCCAAAACUCAACACUUAACCGCAUCAUCUCCGCCUCAUUCUCCAACAGAAGGGCCGGACGGCAUGAGACAUAACUCACCCCCUCCACUUUUUUCAGCGCAGUCAUACUUGCGCUAUCAAGGUGCCAAGUUCGUGGCGCGCUUUGACGCUAAUUGUUACAUCCAUAUCACCCGCAAGCUGGAUACGCAUGAUAUCGCCCGAGGACGGACCUCCACUCCCGAAGAUGCUCCAUCACCGACGGCACAAUCAACUGCACUUGCCGCUGUCAUUGCAACUCUCCCCCCGCGUGCAUUGGUGAUCAGCGUCGAAACAGACGGCUUGUUUACUCCUUCUGAACAAAAGGAACUCGCGACACACAUACCUGACGCAGAACUUGUAGUCAUCCCAUCACCUGAUGGCCACGACGGCUUCCUCCUCGAAUUCGAGCAAAUCAACACGCAUAUUCUUAGGUUUCUUAGAAGGGAGUUUCCAGGUUUAUAUGAGAGAGGUGAUGAGGAUUUUUCCAAGGGGGACUUUGUAAUCAAAAAAACGAGCCUGUUUGGAGAAGCUGAGGUCGAUAUCACAAGGUGGUAGGGCUCGCGCAACCGGCCAUGUCUACUCGCCCCAGCGUCAAUACCAAGUACUAAUAUGGUUUGAAUACAUGUGUCAGAUUCUAUAGACUUAGUUCCACAGAAACCUAGAUAUAGUAAGUAGACGGUGUGAUGUGUAAGAUUUAUGGGACAUGAUAUUAGCUGAAAAGUGUGAUAAUGUUGUAAACUCG